AUGGGCAAUGCAUGUGUUACUGGCGCCAGCAGCAGCUCAAACCACGGGCAGAGUCUGAAAUCCAAGGAGGCAAGGCUUAUUGACAACUCAUGUGUUACUGGUUCAAGCCAGUCAAACCAAGGGCAUUGCCAGGAAUUCAACGGGUCAGAGAUUACCUUCAGAUGGAGGAUUGAUGGUUUCUCCUCGCUUCUUGAUAAGGGUGAAGGAUGGACGAACUCCAGUGUGUUUGAGAUCAGGGGGCAUUACUGGAACCUGAUGCUGAACCCAAGGGACAGAAAGAGUGGCGACGAAAAUGAAUAUGUUUCUCUUAUGCUUGUGCUGUUUCAACUAUCUGAGAGAUCCCAUACGGUCGUGGAGGCAACUUUCAAGUUCUUGUUAUAUGAUCAGUCAUAUGGAAAGCACCACGAACAGCAUCAAGUGAGCCACAGUUUUCAGUCUACAAGCAGAGUCUCUGGGAGCUCAUGCAUGAUCCCCCUCGCGAAGCUUAAGGAGCAAUCCUCUGGAUUCCUCGUCAAAGACAGCUGUGUUUUCGGUAUCCAGUUCAUCAAAGUUGUCGCUGUUAAAGGUAACGAUGUGUCAGAGACGCUGUUUGUUCAGAAGACUAGCAACAUCUGCAGUGACCCGCAAGUCUACACCUGGAACAUUGAUGAUUUCUUUGUGUUGAAGAACCCGAGCACCUCCCCAGAGUUUGAGCUCUGUGGACACAAAUGGUUCAUCACUCUCUAUCCAUCUGGUUACGAUAAGAAUGGGAACUACCUCUCCCUGUCUCUGAGCAUGAAGGUUCCGGACACACUCGAUAAGGACUCGGCAAUCCUUGCAGAAGUUAGCAUAAGCAUCAAAGACCAGGAAACGGGGAACCACGCGAAAUCAUCAGCCCGGAUCCAGUUCAAGAAUGAUACCCACACUUCGUUAUGGGACAAGUUCAUAUCGUUGGAAGAUUUCAAGGACUCAUCAAAGGGUUAUCUCGUGAAGACAAAGUGCUGCAUUGAAGCUCAGGUUGAAGUCAUUGUUUCCUCCAAGACGGUGUAG